AUGCCCAAUUAAACAUAAGGAGUUGAUAAAUUAAGAAUUCAAUUGAAUAUUAAAAUAAAACUUUAAACUGAUGACACCUUCUAGUUUAACAAUGUAUUAAAAAAAUUAAAAAAAUAAUCAAUGAUUUAAAUGACCCUAAAGAAGUAUCAUCCAUAGAUAUUGGAUAAUAAAACAUCUAAUAAUAAAUUUAAGCAUAUGAAUAUGAAAUUAUACGUGAUUUUAAUUAGUUUUUGGUAAUUAUGAGCAACAAUAAUUGAGUAAUAGAGAGUUCUAAAAGAGUAAAUAUAAUAGUAUGUAAUAAAUUGUUUGGAAAUUUUGGUUGAUUAAUUUAAAUAUAAUGGGCUAAAACAAAUAUUCACACAUUCAUUCAAAGUUUGAAUUUCAAAAUGAUUGAUUAAUCAAAUUAAAAAUGGAUAGAAUUUUGAGGAAUAAUUUAAGUAUCAUAAAUAAAAUUUAGAUACAAAAAUUCUAUACUAAAUAAUGAAAGGGAAAAUGUUUAAUAAUAAUGUAGGAUUAUUUGAAACCUAUUUAUGAUUACAUUGAUAGUAGUAGGGCAAUCAUAAACACAGGAGAUGGUUUAAAU